UAUACCCGGAAGUGAAGUUAAAGUUUUGGUGUUACGCAGUGCGUCUUUCAGUACCACCACUUCGUACUAGGAGAUUUCCUUAUUAAUGUAGUCUGAGUUAUUGUGCUAAAAUGUCUGUUGGCGCUCAAUUGGAAAACGCAAACCCUGUGAUUUUCCAGCGGACUGGGGAGAGGCUGCAGACAGCAACCGAUGAGGAUGAGGACAUCCAUGAUCCCAUUGAUGACAGAGAAAUUUUUGAUAUGAUCAGAUCCAUCAAUGACCCAGAACAUCCUCUGUCUCUGGAGGAACUCAAUGUCGUGGAGCAAAUCAGAGUCAAGGUAAAUGAUGAAGAGAGCAUUGUGGGCGUUGAAUUCACACCCACUAUCCCUCACUGCAGCAUGGCAACACUCAUCGGUCUGUCAAUCAAAGUCAAGCUGCUACGCUCCCUGCCGGACAGGUUCAAAAUUGAUGUCCACAUCACUCCUGGAACUCACGCCUCUGAAGAAGCAGUGAACAAACAGCUGGCUGACAAAGAGAGAGUCGCAGCAGCUCUGGAGAACUCCUCUCUGCUGGAAGUAGUCAACCAGUGCUUGUCCACCAGGAACAGCUGAGCAGCCAUUCAGCAUUGUCGCCCUCUGCUGCCCGUUUUGAUCAGUUUAGCUCUGUCAAGCUCUUUAUCAGACCUGUAAUGAAUCCAGGUGGGAAUAUCCAAAGCUAGGAAACACUGAGACAGUACUGUCACCAAUCAGGUAUUACUGGGAAAAAUACAUGUGCAUGCACAAAUAAAUGUUGCAUGUUUUCACCAAGGAAGAUUGAUAGAAACUGUUACUUACUAUGGAGAAUAGGUCGAUACUUCAGCCUGUGAAUUUUUAUGUAUAAAGGUUGAGAAAUUCUGCCCUUUUACUAAUUUAGUAUAAUUCCUAGAUUUAUACUAAACAUUGUUUUUAAGAUAAGCAACAAUUUUUUUCUGAGCAACAAUCCUACCUGGAUUAUAAUGUUUAUAAUUUUGAUAGUUUGAAAUGUAUAUGAUUAAUAAAAUUGAGCAGAGAUCA